AUUUCAAGCGGUCUUGCACGUGUUGCUCGCGAGUUUUGUAUAUUGUAAAUUUUAUUAAAUAUAAAAAGCAAUCAUGGUGAAAGUACAAAAACCACAACCGAAAACUCUUAAGAAAAGCACAAAAAGUGAUGGCGUAAUUAAAGAAAAACAAAAAGUAAACAAAACCAUUAAGAAAUCAUCAAAAGCAAAUGGCUUAGCACCGGCCGAAACUAAAGUUGACAGUAAAAAGAUUUCAGCAAUAAAGUCGGAUGUCCAGAAGAGUUCUGAACGAAAGAACCCAAAAGUCGCAGUGGAGCCCAAGCUGGAAGAAGCAAAGCCCCCACAGAAGUCCAAGUCGACCAAGAGGCCCCUAGUUCUUGCACCUCCAAAAUCGCCGAUUGCUUUGCCCACAAAAACAAGCAAAAAGGCUGCUCCAGUGGCUACGCCAGUGGCUGCACCUGCUCCCAAGAAAGCUAAAAUAGCAAAGAUUGAGAGGACUGCAAGUGAGCCAGUAUUGAAAUCGGAGGUAAAGCAAAAGGCCAAAGCAGAAGUGGCUAAAAACAAGAAAAAGAUAAAGCAAAUUAAACAGGCUGUCGCCCCAGCCAUAAAGGACGAAGCCAAGAAGCAGGUAUCAAAAAAUGCAAAAGCAUCAAAGAAAGUUUUGAAUCAAACUAAGACUAAAUUGGCCAAUAAAAUAGGGGCAAAUAAGAAAGCCAAGAAAGGAAAGAUUUCAAAGAAGCAAAAAGACGUAAAGCAAAAGAAACCGAAAGUUGUGGAACUGAAAUAUGAAGUGAAAUCGUUUGAUGAGGAUAAGUUUAAUGAAAUUGUCUGCGAGAAAAAUGUGGAAAAGGUGUGCUCAGCGCUGAUGAGCCAGGUGCGCGAGGAGGUGCAGAAACUGAAGUCGAAGCCCAUCUUCAGCGAUUACCGCUAUAUUCUACAGGUGGCCAGCUAUAAGAUUCCCAGCUGCCCGAAGCGCAUAGUCAAGUUGGCGCUGAAGCACUCGCUAGUGGGCAAGGAUGAUGAUGUCGCAGUUAUUGUGACCGACUUGCAGCGUGGAGCUCGCUUCGACUAUGAGCCGACGGUGCAGCACUACGAGGAUUUGUUCCGUGAGGCUGGCAUCGAGCAGCGCCUGAAGAUUGUGCCAUUCAAUCAGCUACGCAACGACAUGGUUACAUUCGAAGCUAAGCGCAAGUUCCUAAAUAGCUAUGACUAUUUGCUCUGCGAUGGACGCAUCUCGGGUCAGGCUACCGCCUUCCUCGGCAACUUCACCCAGAAGCCACGUAAUGUGUUGCACUCCGUGCGUCUGAGCAAAAGCAAUCAGUUGCCCAAGGAGAUAUCGCGUGGUCUUUGCCGCACUGCUUACAGACAGCUGCGGAAGGGUGAUCUAAUAGCCAUUCCAGUCGGCAAUCAUGAGCACAGCGGCCAGCAGCUGGCAGAGAAUGUGCUGUGCGUCGUCAAACAGUUGCAGCAGCUGUAUCCUGGUGGGCUACCCAACAUACGUUCAAUGUAUUUGAAAAUCGACAUUGUUGGAACCUCUUCACUGCCCCUCUACAUUAGCUUGUGCGCCCCACCCGUGGACGCGCCGUACGUUGUGGGUCCACGCGAGCAGCGGAUGCUCAAGUUGAAGAAGCAGGCAAACGAAGUGCUAUCUAGAUUUGCUCUCACCAAGGAUGUUGAUUUCGUGAAGCUGACGCAGGAUCAGGUUAAGCGUAAGGCUGAACUUCGUCUGAAGCGAAAUGCACUCAAAGCUGAGGAUGCAAAGGACGAUGAGAAUAAGGGCAACGUACCGGAGGACUCCAUUGUGCUGGCCAAAAAGACACGUAAAAAUGUGGAAUCUGAAAAGGUUAAAGAGGACAAAGAAGAGGAAGAAAAUAAAGAUAAUGAUGAGGAUGACGGCGACGAUGAUGGAGAUGAUGAUGAGGAUGAGGAUGAUGAUGAGGUUGAUAAUGAAGAGGAUGAGGAUGAUGAUAAUGAUAAUGAGGAGGAUGAGGAUGAUGAUAAUGAUAAUGAAGAGGAUGAUGAUGAUGAUAAUGAAGAGGAUGAGGAUGAUGACAAUGAAGAGGAUGAGGAUGAUGACGAUGAAUAG